CCACAGGCUUGGUCUACUCGGGAAGGGACUGGCUCACACUUCAGGAGUGUAUUCUACAAACAGGAUUCAGCCCAUUCCUGACUUAAGGCAAUGACUUACUACAAGGCGUUUCUGCUUCUGUCUUUUUUAGGUCUGCAACUCCUGCAACAUGUCCAAAGUACGACUCCAUCUCCAUUGUGCGGCCCUGGACAGGUGGAGUGUUCUACAUUAGUUUCUGUGCCACAGUCUUAUGAGACCCCACAAAUAGCACAAGUGAAAAUACAAAAAUGUGAUGCAGACAUGGACAAGUACUGCUUUCACGGAGAAUGCAUUUUUUUGGUGGACCUAAAUGAACACCACUGCAGGUGUGAGAAGGGCUUCACUGGGUCUAGAUGUGCUCACAUUGAGCUUGUGAGCAAGCCGUUGAAUAAAGAAUACAUCCUUCUCACCGUGGUGUGCGUGGGGUUGCUGCUCAUCGCUUUAGCAGGAACAUUAUACUUCUUCUACAAGUGGUACAAAAAGAAUAAGUGCACUUCACGAGAGAAAAAAUACCAAGAAGUACAACUUGCAUGAAGGAAGAUCUGUUAAAAGAAUGUAACUGUGGAAUCAAAUGUUAUGACAUCAGUCAAGCCUGUGAAAUAUAUUGGCCCCAGUGCUCUUGUGAUGAAGACUUAUUGUAUUUACCCUCUACUAAUGUGUAGAGGGUAUUUGUUUGAUAAGCAUAUAUGUGGUCUUUAGUGUAUAGCUGUAUUCAUUCUUUUGCAUUAGUUAGUGUGAUUAUUGGGAUAAUGCAAAACAGUAUUUCUUAAUAUGGUAGCACUAAUGACAAUAACAGUUACUGUUGGUGUUCAUAUUAUACAUAGUUGCAGCAGUAGUAUGAAAAAAUGCAUCAAUGUAGUGUCAGUGUUAAGCAGUUUUUGUCUGAAAUGUUGUGAAAAGAAAAUGAACAUGAUUGUGUUACUAAUAAUCCUUUGGCAUAUUUUUAUUUAAGCCUAGUGUAUACUCUAUGUCAAAACUACCAACAGUAGUAUACACGUAAGCUAAGAAUUAUUAGCUUUUGUGUUAGGAUUCUUUUUCACACUGAUAAAAAAUUGAAACUUUCUAAAGUAAGCAACUUCUUUGUUAGCUCUUUUACUGCUGAUCUUAAGAUAGCACUGCAUGUUCAAUUGUUCUUCUGCACUCACAUGACCUGCAAAUACAGGCAUCACGUGUGCUACAUUAUGCCUUGCUUCAUCGCAAAAUAGGCCUUCAAAAUGUCUCUUUAAAACCCUUUGCCGCCUUUGAAGCGAAUACCUGCCUGUAAUUAGAAAACCAGCAAAGGA